AUGGCAGAAGGUUUUGUCUCACAUUACUCAUUUUUCCUCUUUGUGCUUUCAGAAAUAACACAGAUCAUCCAGGUAGACUUGGACCUGAAGUACAAGGCCAACAUCCGCGACCUGUUUGAGGAGUUUGACAACUUCCAGGAGGGAGCUGUCAUUGGGAUUGCCAGGGAAAUGCAGCCAGUGUACAGGCACACGUUCUGGCAGUACCGCCGCGAGAACCCCCAGACCAGAGUGGGGGAGCCCCCUCCUGAUGGGCUGCCUGGCUUCAACAGCGGUGUGCUGCUCCUCAACCUGGAAGCCAUGAGGCGCUCCAAGCUCUACAACCAGCUGCUGGAACCUGGCAUGGUGCAGAAGCUCACGGAGAAGUACCACUUCAAGGGUCACCUUGGGGACCAGGAUUUCUUCACCAUGGUGGGGAUGGAGCAUCCAGAACUGUUCCACGUGCUCGACUGCACAUGGAACCGUCAGCUUUGCACGUGGUGGAAGGACCACGGAUACAGCGAUGUGUUUGAUCAGUACUUUCGGUGCGAUGGUGAGGUCAAAAUUUACCAUGGGAACUGCAACACCCCUAUCCCUGAGGACUAGGGCACCCCUUUCUCCAGGACCAGCUGUGACUGCAGUGGUCCCUAUAAGGCUGCACAGGCUGCAGUGGCCGCACCAGCGGUCCCUCCUGAAGCACGGCCAGCCCGGUCAGUUAUGUUCCAGGGACGCCCCUGAUCCCUGGCAAUCCCCAAAGCAUUCAGUUUCCCACCAUCUGUAGUCCCACCCGUCCAGAAGAAGGUACAGUCCAGUAGCUGGCACAGGACAUACAAGAUGCCUAGGCUUGGCUCCAUGGCUCAGCUUGGAACAAGUGCAUGGUGCCCCUCUGUGCUGCAGCCCCCGAGCACAGGGACAGCUGGCAAGCCUUUGGGUGACCUUGCUUUGGCACCUUGCAGGGAGUGCUGGCUCCAUGGGUGCUGUGCAGCACUAUGUUGUUAGCCAGAUUUCAGAGCCAGGCAGUUGGGUUUUGCUUAGGCAUUCCUUGGUGGCCCAUUUCUGCAACUUACGCAGUGCAUCAAGAGCAGACACUGUCCUCAGGUCAUCUUUUUUUUCAGCAUUCCAGAAAGGCAAGAAGGCUUUAACGACUGAAAAGCUGCUUUAAAUUUGUGUUACUUAUGAACAAAAAAUUGAAUGCUAGAUGAACUUUAAAGCCUUCCACUUGUUCUUCUUAGCAAUAAAAGCUUUACUGCCGUAUCUUGUCUUAAAAGCAUUCAGCAAGCGUGUACAAAUUGGUUCAUUUUUCUAGCUUUGCCUUUAACCUUUUGUACUGUAAUAAAGCUGCAAAUAUAAAACACA